AUGAAGAGAAGAGGAUCCAGUGGAAAUAAGAAGAAGGGUGCGUUUUCAUUUUCGAAUCCGAAAGAAAAGAGGGUGAAACGAGGCAUUCUUAAUUUUGACAAAGAACCCAAAAAGGGAGAACAGGGCCAAAAACAACAAGAAGAGAAGAAAGAAAUGACUGAGACGGAAAGAGGGAGGAAAAUUAUGCGGGAGGUUGAAGAGAUUCAGAAAGUUGGAAAACUCGACGAAGACGACGAAGAUAAAGUCGAAGAAGACUUGACUGACGUCUUCAUCACACAAGAGACAGAAGUUGAUGAGUUGCCAAAGGAUGUAACAGAUGAGUGUAUGUCGAACAUCUUUUUGAAUCGGCCCAUCGAAGAAGCGAUGAUGAAACUUCCAAUGAAGAUGGUAGAGAAAAACGAACAAAUAGUCGUACAAAGCAAUUUUGAAGAGAUAACAGGGGAAAUAGGGAAAAGACCAGAAAAUGUCCCCAUCUCACUGUGGAAAGAAUUUGUGAAGUUUUUGAAGGAAAAUAAACUGGAACUUGAUGAGGAAAAUUAUAAACUGUUACUCAAUUUAAGAGGGUAUGCCGAUAUGUUUGUCUUUCAUCGUAUGAAUGGCGACCAAUUUGCAGUGAUGAGACUUGUUAACACAUUACAUAUAGCAACACAUCUGAGGGAAAUUAGAUGUUUAAGACUGAAACAUACCCUUUCGUGUAAAGAGAAUGAAGAGCCACAGAAGGAUUUAGGGUUUGUGCAAUGUUCCACACUUGUCUUGUUCCCAUUCAAAACAGCUGCUUUGAUCUUUAUUAAGACUUUGUUGUCUCUUAUGGGACCAAUCUAUCAAAAAAAUAUUCGACAUGAAGAUCGAUUUGUCAAUGGCUUCAGAGACAUGCAAAAUGAGAUGGAAAAUCGACCAAAAGAUUAUUACCACAUUUUUGAAGGGAACAACGACGAUAAAUUCCGUGUUGGUAUCAGUUUUGGGAAAGACGGUGUUCAUUUAUACACAGAAACGUUUAAAGCGGAUUUGAUUGUCGCAUCGCCGCUUGGUAUCAAAGCGUUUAUUGAGAAACAGGGAACUACAAUGAACGACAUGUUCUCGUCGAUCAAAUUGAUAUACAUCGAGUCGAUUGAUGUGAUGGAAAUGCAGAACAUGAAUUAUUUGAUGGAAAUUCUCAAUGUGUGUAACAAACUUCCUGUGACACAACAUGAGACUGAUAUUCGAAGAGUGUAUAGCCAUGAAGUGGAAGAGAAAGGGUUAUAUUACAGACAAAGUAUUAUCUAUGGAAGGUAUCAGACUCCAUUAAACAACUCUAUUGUACGAAUGUGUCAAAACAGUAAAGAAAUGAUGAUCACCGAAAACACUGCAAUGGGUUCUUUGUCCAAAUUGGUGCGAAACGUUCCAAUCAAUUUUAAUAGGUAUACCGUCACUUCUGCUUUAAAUUCCCCGGACGAACGGUUUGAGCAUUUCACUAAAGUCUUUUUACCAUGGUAUAUGGAAAUUGGAACAAAGAAAAACACCCUCAUCAUGAUCCCAAGUUACUUCGACUAUUUACGAGUGAAGAACUACUUCAAAGAAGAGAACAUCAAUGGCGUAUUUGUGAGUGAAUACAUUUCUACUCGAGCUCAAAUCAAUGCUGAAAUCGCCUUCAAAAAGUCCGAGGUCGAGUUCAUGAUCAUCACUGAAAGGUCUCACUUCUUCAACAGAAAGAAAAUCAAAGGAAUACAGAACAUCAUUUUCUAUGAACUCCCUAACUCUGCAAAUUUUGUACCAGAACUGAUUAAUUUUGUACCAUCAAGUAUUAACGAUUUCGGUGUCUUUGUGUUGUUUAAUAAGUUGGACACAAUCAAGUUAAGAUACACUGUCGGUGAUAUGAAGGCAGCGUAUUUAAUGACAAUGGAACAAGACAAGUACACGUUUAUGUGA